AGACAGUGUGUCUGUGUCAACUGUCUGAGUUGUGACUGUGUGGUCAAGUCAAUGUUGUAUUACUUUCUGUGUAUUGCUGUAAUGUUACUACAACCUACGAUCGCCUAUUUAAGGCUUAUCUCCCUCUUGUAAUAACUGUCCAUUUUGAUUAAUAAGAUUAUCUGUUUCUCAUGGUAUCAUUCGGGAAAAAUAAUCACUAAUAUUCUUUUUCGAUCCUAGUCUUUUUCAUCUCCAUACUCUCUAAUAGAGAACUUUUUUUUGGUUUCCGCUGCAUCGUCAUCAUCAUCAAAAGGUUUUCCUAAGAAGAAGAAGAAAAAGAAAAAGAAGAAGAAGAGAAGAAACCAAAUUCUAAUGUUAAAGAAGGUUCUACUUUCACAACUGGUAAUGCGAUGAAAUUUGGGGUUUUCUUUUCUUAAGUACGAUGAUGAUGAUUUUCCAUUCAAUAGAGUGAUAAUUGGAGUAUUGGAAUUGGGUGUGGAUCAAAAUUAAUGAAUGGAAUCUAGAAUGGAGAAUUUGGAUUCAGGGAUUUUGCAUUGUUAUCAAACUUUGGAGUGUCAUAAAUCAAGUCAUAUGGGUAAACAACAGUUUACAACAACUUCUUAUCACCAACAUCAACUUCUUAUCAACAAGAUCAACUAAUUAACAACAACAGCAACAACUUCAAUAUCAAUCCAACAACAGUAGCAACUUCCGGGUAAUAUCAACAUUUAUAUGGGUAAUUACUUUUUAACAACAAUUUUCCCCAUUUGUUCAUUGUUAUUUCUCUUUGUAUGAGUUUAGUAUAUGAAGUAAUAAUUUUGAAUACCUAACUGGUCCUAAAAACAUUUCAAUAACCAGUUAUAUGACUUGUUACUUCAAAACAAGUCAUAUCAAAACCUUUAUAGAUCUGGUCUUACAAACACCAGUUUCUAAAUAUUAAUUUGAGUCUCUUAACCAACAGAGAACACCAAAAACAAUUUGAGUCUCUUAACCAACAGAGAACACCGAAAAUUUGAAUCUAUUUCUGCUGUUAUCCACCUUGUGUUGCUGCUACUUCUAGUAGUGUUGUUAAUAAUUAUGAUACUUCUACUUACUACAUCAACAAUCUGAGCUCAUACUUCCCUUGUGUAACUUCUUCAUCUGAAGCUUCUUAUCCUUCAUAAGCUGUUGGUUGUUCUAUUCUGCUAUACAUAGUGAGUGUGGUGCAUUUAAGAGUGGUGCAUUCUUCAUAUUGCAGUCCACUAUUGCCAAUGGUUCUGCCACAACUAGUUCUUCAACAAGUUCAGUCUUGGAACAUGGUGAUAAGUUCAGUUUCUCAAAAUUCUGGUGCCAGUGUCUGUUGUUGCAGUUUAAUCUUGUGCCUUUUUUUGUUUUUAGCUUCAUUUCUCUCUCUAGUUGAAGGUUGUUUGUGUUGUUCGAAUACUUCUUACUUCAAACUGAUUCUAUGUGUCUCAUUCUAGUUAUGCUAUGUUCAAGCCUUUGUUGUAUAUGGGUGCGCUCCAUAUUUCUUCGGCUUCCAGCUAUUAUUUGUUAUGUCUUACUGCACCAACUAUGGCAUCUCCUGCUACAGUCUGCUAUUUCGACUUCAGUGAGAAUCUAUUUGGACUUCUACCUUGCGCCACUAUUGGUUUUUAGGCAUGUUUGGGUACAGUACAUAUCUGCAGUUUUAUGAAGCCUUAUUGCAGUCAAUUUUAUUCACCCUAGGUUGCGUAUGAUACUAACAGAUCAUUCCAAUGCAAGUAUGCAUGUGAAUCACUGAAAGUGCAGGAUACAAAAUAUCAGUUUCUGCGUUGUAGUUGUGCUGAUUUAUUGGUUCAGUGUGUGUGUAUGUGUGAGACUAUUUUGCUUCAGAUCUGCAGUAUUUAUCACCGAGCUUCAUUGCAUCUACAAAUUUCAGCUACAAUCGGGUUAUUCUUCUUAAAUUCCUGCUCCAAGUACUUCUACUGCCAUAGCAUCAAAUACUUCGACCACAUCAAUUACUUCUAUUACCUCUAUGCUCUUCGAAUGUUUUCUUGAGUUUAGCUGUCAACAUUUUGCAGGGAUUCAUGACAAGGGGAGAAGCCUUAGUGGUAAGGUGGUAUCGUUCUUCCAUCCCGCUGUAACUAACAAGCAUCAAGUGCCUACUCAGUCAUCCACUGUCACGUUUCCAAGAACAAAGGUCUUCAAAGUUGGGGGACUGACUAGCAACUGCUGGAGGUUGCCUGAACCUGCUACUAAGAAGAAAGAGAAGAAGUUUUCGAAUGGAUAUUAUCUCUGCUGGUCAUGUGAACAAAGAAUUAAGGAGGAACAGCAUUUUGUGGAUAACCCAAAUUUCCAGGACGGAUUCACUUUGCAAACCCGGCCCAACACUGUGGGUCCCAGCCCUGUGGUUCCACAUCGUCUUCAAUGCACAGGCUGCAACACUGCACUUGGUAUGUUGGUCGAUUCGCUUACUCUAGCUGGAGGGGACGAUUGGGUCAUACUCAAGAGACUUGGUUAUGAAGUGAUCGGAGUUGGUCUUUGUUAUGUUCGUGCAAUGUUAUCUUCAUUUAUUAAUGGUCUCUACUUUUGUAUCCGGGUACUAUCAAUGAAGGAAGUUAUUUCAGUUUAAAUCAA